AUGGAUCUCUCUUCUCUGUUUUCAAACGCAAAGUCGUGCAUUUUUGGAUGCCUUAAAAUUCGUCGCACUCCGCCAACCGUGUCAAACCAAUCUGAAGCAGAAGUUCCGAAUCCAGCCAACGCCCCAGAACUACCAAUGGAUCUCCAGCAAGUUCCAAACCAGGAAAGACCAGGGACUCCAAGGACGCAGGAAGCAGUUAUCAACGAAGCCGUCGUCCCAAACCCAGACGAUGCCCCACCAAUGGAUCUACAGGCUCCGAAUCCAGGAUACGAUUCAUCACCGAGACAAGAAGCAGUGGUCAACGAAGUAAUUACUUUUGAGCGAUUCGGGUUUCAGAUGGCACCACCAGAAAUGCCUCUUCCCAAUCAAGUGCCGAUUCGGCAAUGA